GCCACUUCCUGCUGCCAGUGACAGCCACUCCCUGUUGAAAGCUGCCGGUUUUUCGCUGAACCCCCUCUCGAUCGAUAUAAACCCCUUUUAAACCGGUUCAUGAACGCGCAAUUAUCUUAGAUUACUCAAUGCAGCCAAACCAAUCAUCAACAGCUGGUGCUUUCGAAGAACCGCAGUAACCAGAUCCGGUAUAGCGAGAUGAUAUGACAUUUUAUUUCAGAUUUAACUAUAAUAAGUGACGCACAAACAACGGGCCCCAGUUCUCCACAGUUUUAGUAAAUACACGCUCAUCCGAGAUGGAUAUGGAUAUGGAUAUGGAUGAGAAGCCCAAAUACGGAGAGCCCAAAAAAUUUGACCCAGACUUCAAAGGGCCCAUCCAAAACAGAGGAUGCACGGACAUCAUUUGCUGUAUCCUCUUCAUCGUGGCAAUAGUGGGCUACCUUGCAGUGGGAAUACUGGCCUGGACUCACGGUGACCCGAGGAAGGUGAUCUAUCCCACAGACAGCAUGGGACAGUUCUGUGGCCAGGGAAAACUGCAGAAGCAGCCCUUGUUGUUCUACUUCAACAUGAUGAAGUGUGCCAGUCCCAUGGUCCUCCUAGAGUUCCAGUGUCCCACCCCUCAGGUGUGUGUAGAAGCAUGUCCUAAUCGCACUAUGACUCUGUUAACUGCCUUUGCACAAAAACAAGACUGGAAUUAUUACAAGAGCUAUUGCAGAGAAGACCCGGGGGUGAAGCCAGUGCCACAAAUUUUGCAAGAAAAACUGUGCCCUGCAUAUCUGAUUUCCAGCAAACCAUUUUUGCAGCGCUGUUUUCCAUCUCUGGGCAAAAAGGGUGAAGUCAUCACAGUGGGUGAUCAAGAAACCUUUAAUGAUGGAGACAAAAUAAGAGACGCUAAAGACCUGGUGGCUGGAAUGAAGAACGCGACAAUAGUCAUGGAGGGUCGUCAGGUUGCAAUGAAGAUCUUUGAGGAUUACACCAAGUCUUGGUACUGGAUCUUAAUUUGUUUGCUGAUUGCUGUGGUGCUGAGUCUGAUCUUCAUCGUUCUUCUGCGUUAUCUGGCUGGAAUCAUGGUCUGGGUCAUGAUCAUCAUGGUCAUCGCUGUCGUGGCCUAUGGUAUUGGCCACUGCAGUGUAAAGUAUGUCAGUCUGAAGGACACACCUGGUGCUAAUAUCACUCUACAGCAGCUGGGCUUCCAGCCUGAUUUCUCUGUGUACCUGCACAUCAGACAGACCUGGCUGGCCUUCAUUAUCAUCUUGGCUAUUUUGGAGUUCAUCAUCAUCAUUCUCCUCAUCUUCCUCAGGAACCGAAUUCGGAUCGCUGUUGAGCUCAUGAAGGAGGCCAGCAGGGCCGUGGGUUUUGUGAUGUCAUCGCUGUUCUACCCUAUUUUUACCUUCCUCCUCCUGACCAUAGUCAUCACGUACUGGGCCGUCACUGCCGUUUUCCUCUCUACAUCCAGUGAACCGGUUUAUAAGGUUUUCAAUGAAACCGUUUGUGAACAUUCGAGGGAAACCUGCAUCCCUGAGAACUUCAGUCUUUCUGAUAUGAAGAAAGACUGUCCUCGUUCUGAGUGCCUGUUUGCUUUCUAUGGUGGGGAGACGCCAUAUCACAAAUACCUGAUCUUCCUUCAGUUCUACAACGUCUUCCUGUUCUUCUGGUGUGCAAACUUUGUCACUGCUCUGGGGCAGAUGACUCUGGCAGGAGCGUUUGCAUCUUACUACUGGGCUCCUAAUAAACCCAAUGACAUGCCUGCUUUCCCGCUGUUUGCGUCUCUGGGCAGAUCCCUCAGAUAUCACACGGGCUCUCUGGCGUUUGGUUCUCUCAUCCUUGCCAUAGUCCAGAUUAUCAGGGUUCUGCUGGAGUAUAUUGACCACAAACUCAAGGGAGCAGAGAAUAAAUUUGCCAAGUUCUUGAUGUGCUGUCUGAAAUGCUGCUUCUGGUGCCUGGAGAAGUUCAUCAAGUUCAUGAACAGGAACGCCUACAUUAUGGUGGCCAUAUAUGGUAAAAACUUCUGCCGAUCGGCGUGUGAUGCCUUCUUCCUCCUCAUGAGAAAUGUAAUUAGGGUGGUAGUCUUGGAUAAGGUCACAGAUUUCAUCUUAUUCCUUGGAAAGCUCCUUAUUGUGGGGCUUGUGGGGAUCUUCGCUUUCUUCUUCUUCUCAGGACAUACGGAUGCGUUCAAGGGCGCCAGACCCAGUCUCCAUUACUACUGGGUUCCUAUUCUGACUGUUUUGGUGGGCUCCUACCUCAUUGCACAUGGGUUUUUCAGCGUUUACGCCAUGUGUGUGGACACACUCUUCCUCUGCUUCUGUGAAGACCUUGAGCGUAAUGAUGGCACCGCAUCACGACCGUAUUACAUGACCACAGAGCUGCGUGACAUCCUGAUGAAGGACACGGAUGCGGCUCAGACCCUCACGUGACGUGGAGAUGCAGCUGACGCUCUCGACACAACCAUGGAAAACUGAUGAAAGUGACCUAGAAUGUGUGAUUAAUUGUUAAUGUAACGUCAUUUAGAGAGCGAAUGGUCAAUAGCUUCAGUCAUACCUGCAGUUACUAAAUCAUUCAGCUGUCAGCCGUUCAGUUAUUGUAUGUUAGGGGAACAAGCCAUUUUUCUUCAAUAAUGUCAAGUUUCUCGAAGUGGAAUGUGAUAUUAAAUCACAAAAAUGGUAACACUUUAUGAUAAGGUUCUGUUUGUUGACUUACUCAACUACUUGGAUGACAUCAAGCAACAAUGAAAAAUGCUUCUAAAGCAUUUCUUAAUCUUGAUAAUUUUAGUUUCAACAGUAAUACUGAUUAUUAAAAUCAUUAAAAUUAAAAUCAGAACAAUGAACAGUCUUUUUAACUACAACAAAGGUCAAUAAAUCUUAAAUGUGUCUGUUAGCUUUCUUUUUUUUUUUAAACCGUUAUUGUAAAGUGUUACUAUUAAAACGGUAAUAUAACGCUGAUGUUGAAAAGUGUCUUUGACCAUUGCAGUUAUGCACUAUAUGAAUGUUAAGAAAGCAGAUAAGGUUCGUGUUGAUUUCAUGUUCAUUAUUAAGAAAGCAUCUUCUACUUUGUCUCUUCUUCUGCUCCGCAGCACAGUUUAAGACUACUUUUUAUACAUCACUUGGCUGUUUUAAAUGAAGGUUUUUUUUUUCUUCCCCUUUUAUUCCAUCAUGGAAGAACAUCUAAUGCUACUCUUAAUUGUUUAAGUGUCGUACAGCUGAUGAUUUUGAUGCAUUUCUUUCAGAUUGUAAAGCCAUAAACUUUUAAUGCACUUGAAGAUUCUCUAUUGUUUUUGGUAGCAAUUUGCAACCUACUUUGGAAAAGCACCUUGUUGCCUUCUCCAGGAGCCUUAAACUUUGUCUUUUGGGCGCUUGGCUGCUUAACAUGUCAGGCUUUUUUAUUUAAUCUUUAAUAAAUAUUAUGCAAGAAGGUGCGUUUGUUAUUUAAGUCUGUCUAUAUUGUGUGUGAGGUGUUGGAAGGCAUGCAUGUCACUUUCCUUUCCUCCAGUGUGCUAGCUAAAGGUAAACCUGGCUCGUUUCUUCUUCAACAUCUGUCUCUCACAUUGAUUUAUCACAGUGGAGGACCUGGAGAGGAACGAUGGCAGCCCAGCACGACCCUAUCUGAUGUCUGAGAAACUGCUCAAUGUUUUGAAGAAGAAGAACCAGGCCAACUAGUCCUCACUGAUGGUCAGGGUUAUACAUAUGUGCCUCGCCUCAGAAAUCGUUUUCAUUGCUGUAUUUAUCGUGCCUUGGAGAUCCAGACGAACAUGUUAAUUAUGAAACGCAUCAAAGUGUUUGAUCUCAGCCAUAUGUGGAAAGUUUUACUUUAGAAUGAGAGCAAAUUACACAUCUGCUUUCUCCCAAGAGGUUUUAAAUGUAUAUUUUAAAUGUCUAAAAAGUUUUGCAAUAACAAUAACUAUGUCUCGGCCUAGACAGUUUGAUUUGUAUUUUUCAUAGCCUUUAUAUUUGUUUUUUUUUAAUAUAAAACCCAAUCCAGCAGUGUUCGUUUUGCUGUUGGACACGAUUAUAGAAUGUUUGCAGAAGGGAUAGUUACUGUAAAAACUAUGUUUUCCUUCUAAUCACGCGUUCAUUUCCGGUUCAUGGACUGUGUAUGUUACGAGAAGUGCUUAAAAUUGGGUUCAGGCUUCUUUAUUAUAAUCGUGUUCUUGACUUUAUUCAGUGUUUUAAGUGUUUUGUUACACGUUGUUACGACUCAAUUAAUGGCAAAUAAAGAAUUUUCUACAA